AUGCAAGCAAAUAUUAUGAUUCUCACAAUCAGUGUCCUAUUUGGAUAUGUAUCCGCAAAAAAUUGGCGUUUUACUGGAAACAUGACCGUUCCCAGAGAAUAUCACACAGCAACCAUGUUAAUCGAUGGAAAAAUUUUGGUUGCCGGUGGAGACGUUGUGAGCUCUGAUUGGAGUACGGCAGAAAUCUAUGAUCCAACAUUAGGUCAUUGGACAAUCACUGGUAAUAUGAAUUGCACUCGUUCGAUGCACACAGCAUCUGCACUGAAAAAUGGAAAGAUACUAAUUGCUGGUGGAGAUACUGACACAGCUGAGUUAUAUGAUCCUUCAACUGGUCGUUGGACAAACACUGGCAAUAUGAACCAUGCGAGAUCUUUGCACACAGCAUCUGUACUGAAUGAUGGAAAAGUAUUAGUUGUUGGCGGUAUGAGUCAAGAUCAAAGUGCUGAAUUGUAUGAUCCAACAACAGGACAAUGGACACAAACUGACGAUUUGAACUAUUCUCGACAAUAUCACACAGCCACUGUUUUAAAUGAUGGAAGAGUAUUAGUCGUUGGUGGGAUAGCGAAUAGUGCGGAAAUAUAUGAUCCAUCUACGGGUCAUUGGACUCUAACAAAUGAUUUAAAUGACAAACGAGCAUUGCAUGGAGCGUCCAUUUUGAAAGAUGGAAAAGUCUUAGUUAUAGCUGGAUUUACUGAAGAUAUGAGAUAUGUGACCAGUACUGAAGUUUAUGAUCCUUCAACUAACAAAUGGACAAUAACGAGCAAAGGAGCUGUAGGAGGAUUAUUUGUCAAAACAGUUUUAUUACGUGAUGGAAGAGUUCUAAUUGCAGGUGGAGAUUUUUUGGAUCCAGAACCAUUGAUUCGUAGUUCCACUAAUUUUGCUGCAAUUUACGAUUCAAACAGUACAAGUUGGGCGACUCUUGGUAAUAUGAAUAUUGCUCGAUCGCAUCAUACAUUAAUGGCAUUGAACGAUGGAAGAGUUUUAGCAAUUGGAGGAAUAGAUGAUUACACUACAAAUACAGUUGAAUUUUAUAAUCUAUAA